UCUCCCUCUCUGUUCUCUUCCAUUUAUCCUUUCUUUGUUCACAACCCCAACAAAAUGAAAUCCUUCUUCUUCUUCUUCCUCUUCACGUUUCAUCUAUCGACAUGCUUCAGCGACAACGCCCUCGAUGCAUUCAAAGAUUGCGGUGUGAGUUACAAUUGUGGAGAAUUGGUAAACAUCACGUACCCAUUUUGGGGGAAUGAGAAGCAGAGUUCUUGUGGGCGGAAAGAAUUCAAACUCAACUGCAAAAGCAACCGAACCACCACGACUUACAUCAAUUCUCUGGAAUACAACGUUCUGGAAAUCAACCAAUCGAAUAAUACAAUGAGGAUCGCAAGAUCAGACCUCUUCGAUAAUUACUGCCCACGAAAUCAAAUCCAAGUGGCCUCUAUAGAUCACCAUCCGUUUGCGUAUUCUUCCAGAAAUCAGAACAUCUCGGUGGGGUAUAAUUGCUCGCCGGAUAACGAAUUUCUAAUUUCGAAAUACAAGUUUUCGUGCGGUGGGGAAUGGCAAAGGCGAGGGAGAGUGAACUACGCUUUUGAACCGUCGGCGGCGGUUUAUUCAAAGCUUGCGGAGUGUGAAAUGAAGAUAGAAGUGAUGGUUACGAUAAAGGAGUUGAAGGAAGGUUUAAAGAACAGGACGAGCUUGGUGGAGACGGCUGUGAAAGGAGGGUUCGAGGUGGAGUACGAGAAUUGGUAUAAGGGAGCGUGUGAUUCAUGCAACGGAAGUGGAGGCAAUUGCGGCGGAAACGGGACGUACCCAUUUUACUGCAUUUGUAGAAACGAAGUUGCAAAUCCUUAUGCCUGUGAUGCCAUUGCUGCGCCUCCUCGCCCUCCUCACCCUUCUCACCCUGAAAACCCAAAUGAUACAUGGAAGAAGGUCGUCAUAGGUGCUGGAUCUGGUAUUGGAGGCAUUGUGAUGAUGAGUAUAAUCUUUUUCAUCAGGCUUCGUAUGCACAAAAAGAAGCAUCAAAACUAUUCUUGUGAUCGUCCGAUGAAGGAGCUUGAGAAAAUAGAACAUUACAUGGCUCUAUCUCUUUUCUCUUAUCACGAACUUGUAAAAGCUACAGACAAAUUCAACCCAGCUAACGAACUUGGAGAUGGUGGCUUUGGCACUGUCUACUAUGGCAAACUCCGAGAUGGGCGUGAGGUCGCUGUUAAACGAUUGUUUGAAAAUAACUAUAGAAAAGUUGAGCAAUUCAUGAAUGAGGUUGAGAUGCUCACUCGUUUGCGCCACCCACAUCUUGUCACCCUUUAUGGAUGCACAUCUCGACGCUCCCGUGAGCUCUUGUUGGUGUAUAAGUUCAUUCCGAAUGGUACUGUGGCCGAUCAUCUUCAUGGCAACCGAGCAAGAUCAGGUGAGCUUCCAUGGCUUACAAGGUUGAAGGUUGCCAUAGAGACUGCAAGUGCUCUGGCUUUUCUCCAUGCUUCUGAGACUAUCCACCGUGAUGUUAAAACCACCAACAUUCUCCUUGACAACAAUUUCGGUGUUAAAGUCGCUGAUUUCGGACUAUCUCGCCUUUUUCCUACACAAGCUAGCCAUGUUUCAACUGCACCACAAGGCACUCCUGGCUAUAUUGAUCCAGAGUAUUAUGAGUCUUAUCAACUUACGAACAAAAGCGAUGUCUUUAGCUUUGGAGUCGUGUUGGUUGAGCUGAUAUCUUCGAAGCCUGCAGUUGAUAUCACUAGGCACAGGCAUGAGAUUAACCUGUCAACAAUGGCUAUCAAUAAGAUCCAAAACGACGAAUUACAUGACUUCGUAGACCCAUCUCUCGGAUUUAAAACCGAUCAAAGAAUCAGAAAUAUGAUAUGCGGAGUUGCCGAGUUAGCAUUUCAAUGCCUGCAAAGUGUGAGGGAUACAAGGCCGUCAAUGAUGGAAGCUCUAGAAAUUCUAAGGAAUAUAGAGAAUCGAAGUUGUGGCACAGGGAAAGCACCAUUAGUGCCAGAAUCCCCAGACUCCGUCACUGUGCUUUGGAUUAGCAAAACUUCCACACCAAACGGUAGUGGGUGAGCUGUUUAUUUGUGGUUACUAGACCCAAAUCACUUAUUCACAACUGAUCAAUUAUCAGCUUCUGUUGUAAGCUCUGUUUCGUACGAUGAGAAAUGCUCUGUUUCGUACGAUGAGAAAUGCUCUGUUUCGUACGAUGAGAAAUGCUCUGUUUUGUAC